AUGGCUAGCAAUGAAAGCGAAUACAUGCUUGUCCCUCAUAAACAUAAAAUCAAUUUCUACAAAACCACAAAAGUUCGUGUAUCCAAUGAUUUUGUUGAUACAGUAGAUCCUUAUCAUUUUAUCUCUUUCCUAGAUUUGGUAGCCAGGAACUUUGACACUCGUGUUGCAUUUGAUUUUCUAGGUGAAGUUAUGUCAACUGAUCCCAUGCGAGUCAUUGUUGAGUAUGGAAGAGAGAAAAGGUUAAUGAAUCUGAUUGCUCAUAAUUUAAGUGGUACGAGAAUUGCAGUCGCUUUGUGGGGCAAUUUUGCAAUGAAGUUGAAUACUUACAUUUCACAACAUAAUAAUGACAUUGCUCCUGUUAUUAUCCUGCUACGUUUGGCCAAACUCAAAAUUUGGGGUGGUCAACCUCAAGUUGGUAAUUGUUUGUUUGGGUCUAGAUUGCAUAUAAAUGAUGAUAUGGCUCAGAUUUUGGAGUUCAAAUCAAAUCUUAAUGCUUUGGAUACGAAUGAAGUUGGUUUAACCAUUAUCGCUACUAUCAUUGGUUUUGAUAUGGAUGAUGGUUGGUAUUCAUUUUAUUGCCGUGAUUGUUCUAAAAAAGUUACUAAAAAUGAUGAUGAUGUUGAUGUUGGCCCUUUUCACUGUGAUGGUUGUGGAUUUGUCUCGGAUGUAUUUGGAAAGAUUAGGAUAGUAGUUCGUGUGCAAGAUGAAAGUGGCUCUUCUUCGUUGGUAUUGUUUGAGCGUCAUGUAAAAGAUCUUAUUCAUCGUGGAAACCAAUGGUUGAUGGACAAAAUAGCUAAGGAUCAAGGGCGACAACAGAUACCUGAUGAGUUCAAAAUUCUUCUAAAUAAGAAGUUUGUCUUCAAAGUUCAGAUUUCCAUGUUCAAUCUGCAGAACAACUAUCGUGCUUACACUGUGCAUAAGUUAACCAAUAAUGAAAGGGUUCUUGCUGAGGUGAAAAAACGGUCACCAAAUCAUCAACAUCAUAAUAUAAAUGAUAAUGGUACUCCUAUUAACAAGCCAAAUAAGGUUGGUAACUGUCAUAUAUUUCCAAAGUCAAACCCUGUGCCCUCUCUUCAAUAUAUUUUUCAUGACUUUGUGCAAAUAUGGAAAAUACUAAUUAUGUGCAUGAUAUAUGACAAUCUUGAUGUUGUUGACCUUGAAGUUGUAACACCAUCAUCGAGUACGGGGAAGCGCCCUAUUGAGAUUGAUACCAACACUGACUCUUUGGAGUGGUCUUCUUCAAAAACUCGUGCUAUACGGGAUACCUUGAAGAUCCCAAAGUUGGAAAAGUUGGACUAA